CAAUAGUUCUGGCAAAACGUGGCUUUUUAUUCUAUCAUCAAAAUAAGUAACGUAACGUUAUAUGACGUUAAUUUUAGUCCCAAUGACGUAAUUGGUAAUCAGUCCCCAUGUUUACCAUCUCCCUAAAUAUCUGUAGCAUCAUCUGUAACGUCAUUAGGGAUCUCUUAUGUUAUCAAAACAUUCUUACGGGUUGAGUUUGUAUUAAGACAAAGUAGUUCUGAGUUCUUGGACCGUGGGUACUUUACGACUCUCCUUUCCCUAGUGCUAUGUUAAACCAAACCUGCCUGGUUUGGUAAAGGUAGAAUAUAUAUAACCAAUUUAAAUCACCCUGUUAACUUUAAUCAAAAUAAUUAUUUCAUUUUUAGCAGGUGAAAAAAAAACAAUAAGCCUUUUUAACUGUAUAUAUAAUAGUUUCUUUUUUUAUCCAAAAAACAGCAGCUUAACGCGGAAUGUUGUUUCCUUCUAGUGGCAAUAACAAGAAAAAAGAGAAGACGUACAGAAAGUUCGAAAAUGGAACCGAAGACCGAAAUCACCGAAGAUAUAUACGAGAAGAUUUCUAUGAAAAAAAUAAUAUUGCAAUUUGCAAAAAACACAACAGCUCAUGGCAUUACCCAGAUUGCGCUAGCAAGAGGUCGCUGGUUUAAGUUAUUCUGGGUAACUGCAAUUAUUGGUUGCCAAAUAGGAAUUUAUUUGCAAAUAACGCCUUUAGUUAUACAAUAUAGAAAAAGACCUGUCGUGACGAAGGUAUACCAAAUUGCUGAUGCUGUGUUAACGUUCCCUGUUGUUACAGUUUGCAAUAUCAAUCCCAUAAGAAAAACGGAGGCUGAAAUGUUGUUCAAUGAUACUGAUGGAGGACUAAAUGCUAGUAACAGUCUCAGAACUGGACAGUUCUUUCCAAUGAAAGAUUUAUGGCUUUCUUCAAUAAGUUUUAAACUAGGAAAUCAGAUGUUAAAUUACGGGCAUUUAUUUGAAAACUUCGUUUUAGACUGCCGAUGGAACUUCUUUCAUAGUUGCAUGAAUUCAAGAUUCUGGAAACAAUUUUGGCAUUGGAAAUAUGGCAAUUGUUUUUCUUUCAACAGCGGUUAUGACCGUAAUAACAAAGCUGUUCCUGUUUUAACCUCUUUUGAAACUAAUAUUAAUACCCUUCUAUCAUUAGAAUUAAAUAUAGGGCUCAAGGACUAUUAUUUGCCAUUGGCAAAAAGGGCCGGUAUAAUUCUUCAUGUUGGUGAGCAGGAUGUUAUGAAGGACAUUUUGUCCCACUCUCAUUACCUCUCACCAGGUUUUUCACAUCUUAUUUCAAUGGAAAAAACAAUUCGAAAAAGAGCCGACCCGUUUAACAAUAGAACAUGUAUACCACAUUAUAAAACUGAUUUGGGAAAGCAGCCAAAUAAUGAUCAGAGAAUUUUAAAAAAAUAUUCUAGAAAAACGUGUAUGGAUCUUUGCUCUUAUCAAGUUAUGAUAAGGAAAUGUAACUGCACUCCAUAUUGGGCACCUUCUUUAAACAGCAAAAGAAGGUGUCAUUCAAGUGAUGAAGCAUGCGUUUUAGCUGUCGAUUAUGAUUAUAUGCACAACAAUUUGUCUUGCCUGAGGGAGUGUCGAUUUCCUUGUGAGGAAAUUAACCACCUUUUAAGCAUAUCAUCGGCUAAAUUUCCUUUGAAUGAAACUGAAUCUUCUGAGAAGAACAGGCUGGAAGUAUAUUUCUCUUUCAAAAAACCUGAAACAGUUGUCAUGGAAGAUGAAGAGUACUACAUGAUACAUAAUUUACUAAGCGACAUCGGUGGACAACUUGGGUUAUGGUCUGGUGUUUCAGUACUGACUUUAGUUGAACUAUUAGUUCUCUGCGCAUAUGGUACAAGUAUUAUUUUUCAAAAGGUGUUCUUUUGGAUCAAAAAUGAAUAAAACAUUCCUGAAGUAUAUCAGUCACAAAUAGUUAAAUCCGACGUCGUCGCAUAAAAUUAAAUUACACAAUUUAAACUAAUUUAAACAGUGAGUUAAACUAACGAACGAACCACAGCAACAGUCACAAGUGUAACGUAUUUCCAAAGUAAUGCAAUUCACAAGUUUUACAUGCUUUGAAGAUUUUAAACUAAUGAUGAUGAAAGUCUUCACUAGAAUCGCUUAUGAACUGGUAACUUAUACAAUUCCGAGGAAAUUUUCAUUCGAAGUUUGUAAAAUAAACUGUAUUUGUAAUAUGCCACAAUGACAAAUAAAAGGUGAUAACAGAAUGAAGUUGUAACUUAUCAAUAUAUAACGUAUUCAUGUAGGAAAAAAGAAAAGUAAUUGGGUCUUUUUUCAAAAUAAUAGCUUGCAUUUUUUAAAUCCUAGCUGCGAGUGAAACGUAAACACCAGGAUGAACUGUUAUAACUUGACCUGUUAUGACAAAUUAUGUAAAAAAAUUCAUAUCUUUUUCGCAUUUGUGUGAAGAAAAAUCAAAUUGGAGACCUCAUUGUGCAAUCCACGGAUACUGAAUAUUUAUAUAUUAAAGUAUUGCCGCCUGAAGACAAUUAUCUAAGUUUAAAGGUCAAACAGGGAUACAUUGCGCAUCGCCAAUCCACUUAUUGCAAUAUGAUACCGAGGAUGGCAGAUAGCUCAUCCAUGGCGCCUAUAUGUAAUUGAGUGUUUGAUCACACUGAAUAUACUCGCUCGUCAUAACCAGAGGUCCGGUAGGCAUAAACCAUUAACCAUUCUAUAGU